UUGUUUUGUCUUGCUAUUCUCAAUAAUAACAAUGCAUGGUAUAAACAAGGGCAUAUGUUUUGUAUAAAAAUUAAGGGGGAAACAUAGGGCGUUUGGGGGUCCUCUGCGAGAGUUAAUUUCACUUAAUUUCCUUGCAAUCUGGAAGAUUUUUAUACACUAAUUUGGCCUUUUCUGCAUCAAUAGUCUUUAAAUUUGUCAAAAUAAAACUCAUCUGCUACUUUCUUUUUUAUUAGGGGAGACAAAUGCACGUGUUCUAAAUAUUAAAGAUCCCCUCCCCCCGAAAUACAUACUUAUUUGUUACAAUCAAACAUUUCAACACGUGGUUCUCCAGAGGGGUUUAUUUUGAAAGGUCCUUUCGGAAGUGUUGUAUUUCCCCUGCUGGAUUGACCGCGGUGGCUGGCUGAUGGUUUGCUUACUUGGAGCAGGACUGAGUUUGGAGCGGGUACUGUGAAAUGUGUAACCAUGAUGUUGCCUGGGUAAUCAGCGGAGGACGUUAGGAGACAGAGACCCAGAACCAGCUGACGGCAACUGAAGCAGGCAGGGCAGCCACACCUCAUGCGUGGGCUCCGCAAAGGUCCGAGUGGAUACGGGUCAGACAAACAUGGGUGUGCUCCAGCUCCACAACCCCACUCACCCCACAUCUCUCCUGCAGCGGGCCAAUCAGAUGCGUCUGACCGGCACCUUGUGUGAUGUUAUUAUCACAGUGGAUGGCCAGGAGUUCCCGGCGCACCGCACCGUCCUGGCCUGCACCAGCAAAAUGUUUGAGAUCCUGUUCCACCGCAGCAGCUUACGCUACGCCCUGGACUUCCUUUCCCCCAAGACCUUUCAGCAGAUCCUGGAGUACGCCUACACCGCCUCGCUGCAGGCCACAGCCGAGGACCUGGAUGACCUGCUGUACGCCGCUGAGAUCCUAGAGAUAGAGUACCUGGAGGAGCAGUGCCUGAAGGUGCUAGAGACCAUCCAGGCGGAGGAGACGGAGGAGGUGGCGGUGAGGAAUCACAGCUCUGGAGACCACGGUGACCACAGUCGGGCUCGGCACUGGAGGCACAUGUUGAUGUCCAAGAAGCAUUCCAUACAGGACGGACCCAACCGCAUCACUCCCACCGCUCUGCACCACCUGGCGCUGUACCACAUGACGGAGGGAAGCUCUCCUGGCCCAGAGCCCCAGGCAGCUCCUGAAAUGAGCCCCAAGCUGGACACAGAGGUUGACAUGGAAAGUUCCCAGCAGCCUCAGCGCCACAGUGCAGAGUUUUUAUCCCAGGCCUCAUCCCUGACCUCUGGCAGAAGUAUAAAAUCAGAGAGCAUGCAGGUGGACGACACCGAUGGCUGCGAGGGCAGGUCCUCCAGCACCGGAGAGGGAAGCUGCAUGUCAGACAAGCCCAGAGACGAGGGCCCGGGGACGCCCCUGAGAGGCAGCGUGAUCACAAGCGCCCGAGAGCUGCACACAAGCCCAGAAGAUGGAGGACAAGUGGUGGGGAACUCUCUUGACUGUGUCCCCGGGAUCUCUGAGAAACAUCUGUCCUCCAUAUAUUCUGUGCCCUCCAACCACACGGGGGAGGGGAUGCUGCCAGUGUCUGUUUCUGUGGCCCCGUCUCUGGGCGUACCGCUGGACCCGAGAGCCUACAGCGGCCUGCUGCACCAGGGCUUGCUGCACAGGGAACUCCUGAGCAGGCUGGGCCAGUUUGCGGCGGGGAUGAGGCACGAGGGCCAGGUUCAAGGCCAGCAGUGUUGUGGCGAGUGUGGGCUUCAGCUGCACAGCAGGCAGGCCAUGGAGCAGCACAGGAGGCUGCAUAACGAGGAGAAAGGCCACGGCUGUGAAUACUGUGGCAAACACUUCCAGGACAGCAUGCGGCUGAGGAUGCACAUGCUGUCUCACACAGCUCCUGCAGAAGCGCUGGUGUGUGAUCAGUGUGGAGCAACAUUCUCCUCAGAGGAUGCUCUGGAAGCCCAUAGGCAAACACACACAGGGACUGACAUGGCGGUGUUCUGUCUGCUGUGUGCAAAGCGCUUCCAGACCCAGAAGGCCCUGCAGCAGCACAUGGAGGUCCACGCAGGCAUGCACAGCUACAUCUGUAGCCACUGUGAGCGCCCCUUUCCCAGCCACACUACCCUCAAAAGACACUUGCGCUCGCACACGGGCGAUCACCCGUUUGAGUGUGAAUUCUGCGGGAGCUGUUUCAGAGACGACGGCACGCUGAGGGGCCAUAAACGCAUCCACACAGGAGAGAAGCCUUAUGAGUGCAACGGCUGUGGGAAGAGGUUCAGUCUCAAACACCAGCUAGAAACACACUACCGUGUACACACAGGUGAGAGUUCAGAGACCAAAACACACUCAGACAUACAAGAGAGUCGGGCCUUCAAGGUAUUUAAGUGA